AUGAUGCUGUGCGGCAGGGACCCGGCGGGGACAUUCAAAACUAUGGCAGAAGUUUCGAAUAUACUUAAACCAACUUUAAACUCAGAAGACACGGAAAAUAUCAACAGCGGAGACAAUGGGAUAAAGAGGCGCCUUUCGUUUCCUUCAGAAAAAGAUAUUAGCGCUCUGGAGGAGCCGAAUAUGACAUGUAAAGUCUCAACGUUACAGAAUGUUCCCGACAACUCGAAUUCAUGCCAACCUUCUGCGGGAAACGCCGAGCAGCUCUCGCCUCAGGCCGUAAACAAUUGUUUAAAGGCUAAAAAUGCAAUUGAAUUGAAAGACGUCUCCCCUGAAUAUCGACUAAAUUCAGAACAACAUAGUGUAAACAAUACUGAAGACAAGGAAAACACCGCUACGUCCUCCACGAGCAUCACUCUAGAAAAUGCCCAAGCAGAAGACGAGUCCUCAGGCCAGAGAAGUAUGCAAGAUUCCAGUGUGGCUGCCAGUAAACAACAUGUGAACACAGAGGACAGUGAUGCUGAGGUGGUGAGAAGAGCACAGGUGGAAGGCUGCGUGAAAAUCAUCUUCCCUGGCACUGUAACACAGGAAGGCUGCUGUCGCUUUGUCAGCGAGAUCCUCAAGUGUAUUCUCUAUCAGAGACAGCAACUACCCAUGACGUACGACCAGCUGGUGUAUUCCCAGAAGAAACAACAAGCCUCAGUGCAGGAUAAAGACACUGUGAGUCGGAGGCCGGUGCAGUCUGCAGACAUGAACUGGCGGAAGUGUCAGCAAACCCUUCAAGAGCUAGAGGAGGUUCUGCAGCAGCUGGAGGUACUUUUUUCUCUCAGCAGGGUGCCUCGUGUGCUGCUCCUGAUGGGUGGCUCUCUCGUGCUGCCCAAAGAGCUGUAUGAGAUCAACAUGGAGGCGCUGGUAUUGGCUAGUGGAGAUCAAUGUCUACGGGUAUCCUCAUGCUUAAGGCAACUUUUCCGCACUCUUUUUGUGGCUGACCUUUUGUCUGACACAAGACCGGUUCGUUUAAUGCCCACCACAGUCUUGGUGCUGGCUCACAGGGAUUGCGGUGUUGGCUGGUUCCGCCCUAAACUACAAUUUAAAGUGCCAACUCGUGUAAAGAACCAAAUUAUUGCUCUGUCUACUGAUCCCAGCACCUGCCAGGAACCGAGGGCUGAGGGGUCAGACUGGCAGGAUUAUGUGUGGUUUCAGGCACCCAUGACUAUCAAGGGCUUCAGCAACUGACCCAAAAAGUUGGGGAGCAGGAUUGAAGCUCUCUUUCUGAAUACUACAAUUAAAUUUUAAAGGCAGUACAAGAGAAUUUUGAAUUAGGCUGUAUAUAUUUUACUGAAUUAUGAGUUAAAUUUUUUUCUACUUGUGAUUAAAAGUAUGUCCAUUCAAAUAAUAGUGGUUUUAUUGACACAAGCAGUGUGGCAUAUUAUCCUUUUUUAUCAUCUUCUGAAAUAAUGAGAAUAUGUUUUCUAAGAUGCUUUGUUGGCAUGUGAUGUAACAUCUGUUUGAGAACAUUGUGUAUUAUUAUUUAUAUUUAAAAAGAAUGUUUUACAUUAAAUAUCAUUCAUUAGGACAUUAAACACAGAACAACACACACAAUUAGUGCAA